UGGUGCCUCCUUUCACUCACGAUUGUUCUCGAGGUCUGUGGCACCUCGGCGAUGAAGCUGGCUGGUCAAAACAGCUUGUGGUACAUCGCGGUGUACUCUUUCUACGCCGUCAGCCUCGGCCUCUUCCCCCUUGCCCUCACCCAGCUCAACCUCGGCACCGCCUAUGCUGUCUGGAGCGGCAUCGGGACCGCCGCGACUGUGGUGGUCGGGACGUGUCUUUUCCAGGAACGUCUCACUCUUCCCAUGGCUGGUGCGGUGCUUCUCAUUGUCGUUGGCGUUGUC